GUGUCCUGAGGAAGAGGUCAGAUUAUAUAUCUCGAAACGUAGUGUUCCUGAUCUUUUGUAUCAGUGAACAAUUCAAUUGUAAAAAAAUCUUUUCCUUCUAACUGUCUCCAAUAACCAUAAAUUGAAUAAUAAUAGAAUCCUCUUUAUAAGUGUAGGUUUAUGACUUUGAACACCUCCCCCUUUGUUACCACACUUCAAACACCCCGUUCCUUAUUCGUGAUGAUUCUCAUUUACUUAACCUCUUGACCUAUAUUAUCGAUGUUUAAUGUCUCUCCCUCUCCAGUACCGAGAACUCUGAGACUGAAGUAUGGUAAAGUGGCCAAUACUUCACAACAAACACACAGUGACCUCCUUUCACCGUAGUGUCCAGGCUCCAUCCGGCAUCGUCCCUAGGGACUCCCUGGACAUACAUCUCUCCAGCUGCUAUCAGCACAAUCUGGAGCUGUUCCCGGAGAAUACUGAUGUUAUGCGCCAUCCUUCUAGACUACACGAGUCCACUCAACAAAUUAUAUCUCCAAAUAUAUCAACCACAGUCCAACCUCAAGAAGGAAUCAUAUGUGGAGGUAUCAAAGCUCGGCCAAGCAUUCAUAGUGUCAAGCUAAGCAUCAGUGCUAACCACAUCGCUCAGACAAACCGUGGCUUCUCUCGAAAACUGGACGGCACAUUUUACACUUUGUAGGAAAUCAUGUGCAUGUGUUGCUAUAUACAUGUUAAAGAUUUCAUGUUAUAAUGAAUAUCAAUAUUGUGUGUUGAGUUAAAAGUUUAAGUUGAAUACAGUUUAGCAAAGUAA